CUGGGUGGGGAUGCUCCAAGCCAGUCAACCACAACACAGCACCCAACCCCGGACUUUGAACCAGGCUAUUCUCGCCUAGUUUUCUUUUUUUCCCCCUGGUCUCGCUAGGAUCCCGGCCACCCCUGUCACAGCUCCUUCCCGGCCUCGGCUGUUCUUCUCCACCCGCGAGGGUCCGGGAUCCACGCGCAGUAAGCAAGCGGCUGCAAGGAGCUCAGUCCACCCGCCACUCAGGAAGGGGACCGGGACUACAACUCCCAGCACGCUCCGCGGCCCGCUGCCGCCCCACCCCUCCCCCUCCUCCUUACCUCGGUUGGCGGCCGGGAAGCUCUGAGCUUUCAUCUGCGGACCCGGCGGGAGGGAGCCGGUUUCCUGCGAUCGUCCCGGCUCCGAGUGCUGUGCCCGGCGGUGGUGGCGAAGGCGGCAGCGGCGGCUCUCAGUCGAGUUCUGCCUCCGCGUCCGCGCCUGCCCGGAGCCCGCGGGGACAGACGGUUUGUCCCGGCGCGGCGAGAGGAUGGUCAUCCGCGUGUUCAUCGCCUCCUCCUCGGGCUUCGUGGCGAUAAAGAAGAAGCAGCAGGAUGUGGUGAGAUUUCUGGAAGCCAACAAGAUAGAGUUUGAGGAAGUGGACAUCACAAUGUCAGAAGAACAGAGGCAGUGGAUGUACAAAAACAUCCCUCCGGAAAAGAAGCCUGCUCAGGGCAACCCUCUGCCCCCACAGAUAUUUAAUGGUGACCGAUACUGCGGAGAUUAUGACAGUUUUUUUGAAUCCAAGGAGAGCAACACAGUCUUUUCGUUCUUAGGCCUGAAAUCACAGUUGGCAUCAAAGGCAGAACCUUAGCAAAGCCAAGUGGAAGAGGAUGGAGAUGCAUUUUGGAGCAUCCCCUGGCACUCGGCACACACCUGCUCACCGAAUGCAUCACUGUGACGAAAGCCACACGCAUAAUCAGUAACUUUGCUUGCCAUGGAAAAGGUGUUUGGGACAACAUGGGUAUAAGGGGAUUGCAUGAUUGCUUCAAACCAAAUCAGGACUGUGGUGGGUUUUUUCUUCUUUUCAGAAUUGCCUGCAGUUGCCUCCCUCAGCCUGGAGGUACUGUAACCUGUGACAGGUGUGCUUCCUGAAUGGCUGAGCAAUAAGUAGGUAGCACCAUCAGAGAGAAAAGAUUGGAUCCGCCCUGGGUUCUCGCUGAUGCCAGUACCACUCAGACCUGCUUCUCCUCAAGCUGCCUAGGUGGUAUCCUUGAAAUGAGUCUGCAGCCUAUUAGAAUAUUUUGAUCAGGAAGAAAAAAAACAAUUUGGUUGAUCAAGGAGCUGGUGAUCUUUGCCUCAGAACCACAAAUAUCAUUGUUCAGGGCUUUGUAAGAACCAUAGAAAAAUUUAGAUCCUCCUUUGGGAAAUAGAAAUUCUCACCCCUGUCAAUCCUCCAAGCUCCUACAGAUGUUUCCAGAAAUCACUGUUGCCACCAUGUAUGAUCAGAACCAAGUCACAGGGAUGAAAAGAAUUGCUAUUUUGAAAAAAAUAUAUGCUUCUUUAUCUCUUACAAGGGGAAGAUUUCACCUAAUGUGUAAGACUGCUUAAAACAUAUAUUUAAAAAGGUGCACUAAUUAGAGAUUAAACUUAGAGGGAAAUUAUCUGACUCGUACCUGCAGGCAUUUCAGCCCUAGCAACUUAAUUUAUGCGUCAGUGCAAAUAUAUUUUUCAGUGCAGCUCCCAUAACUAAUAGCUGCUGACUCUAUUUUAUGAAGGAUUCUAUUUUUUGAAAAAGGAAAGUCUUGGUUAGAUAUAUUUUGUGAACCCAUGAUGAGGCAUGUUAAAAGAUACUAAUAUUGCUGUACGCUAACUUCUUUUUCCUGUGUUACUUUCGAUUGGUCCUCUGACUUUGCCAGCUCAUGUUUCUGGCCAGUGCACAGCCCCAGAUUUUCAGAGUAAGUAGAUACGUGUUCUCAUGCCACUUAUGAGCACCAGUGAUCUUUCAGAGCAGAACACACAGGAGAAACCGGCUGUGAGAGACUCACUCUGACCUCUGACAUCUCUCCUCCCUUUGUAGUGGGUGCUGAUCAACACUGAAUGAGUCUGCUUCAUUAGAGCAGAGGCUGCUGCUUUUCUGCAGCCUUGUCCCCUCUCACAUUUUUUUUUUUUAAGAGUUUUUAGUUGCCAAACCUGGGGAUAGUCUUGAAUAGGACUCAGAGAGGACUGCCUAAGACAUUCUGCUAUUCUCAGCAUCCUGAUGCAGGACCUGGCUUUUGGAUUCAGAGCAGGAAGUUUAUAAGGAAUGGAGAGAAGAGAAGAAUUAAGGCCCUGUCACCUGUGUUCUCUCUCCCUCCAAACUGCGAAGUGUGGAAUAUUUGCAAGAACUUGUUGAACAUGAAAGCCAAAAUCCCAGUGGGAGGUUUGUGCAAGCCCAGGACUACAACCAGAAGAAAAGCACGCCACAGAUUCCCACUUGACUGAAACCAUACACAAUCCAUGAUUUUCUGUCCAAGGAAUGCUGCUGUGAAAUCAUGGGUAUUACUACUCAUGGGCAUUCAAUAAGAUCCAGGUCCAGUUCUACUUGAAAAAUCCCAGGGAUCAUCCAGGAAAAAAAAAAUUUUUUUUUUGAACUGGAUAUUGUGUUAAAGUCUGAUAAGACUUAGAAUUUCUUUUAAGAUACAGCAAUUAAAAAAAUUAAUGUUAAUAUCAAUUUAACUUAGAUUGUGUCUAUUCUUGCCAGUCAGCACCAAGAACCAGCUUUGUAAGAUUUGUCUUUGGGAGUUAAAUCCUGGGGUGGGAGGAUCAAUAUAAGACUUGCUAGACCAAGAAAGCUACUCAGACUUGUUUGCCUUUUGCAUUACCCUGGUUAGGGUGGGCCCAAGGAUGGUUCUCCUAAAUAGGCUAGAUGGUUAGGAGUGCUAAACAUUACCACAGUUACACAUCAUCUAUUUUCCAGGCCCCCCCCCCCUUUUUUGGAUCAGCAAAGAAAUAGACCAGCUUUGACUGGUAUCAUGCACGUUAUGAAUGAGCUAGAAGCACAUGGUGUGGCAUUUUCCACGGUACCCGAGCUCUGCAGAGUCCUGAGGUCUUGCCCUCUGGGACCACACUUUGUUCAGAGACUGUCGUAUCCUCACUUGUUGUUUUUUACCAGCUAAAUUCCAAACUUGCAGUGAUUUUCCUCAUCCCUUCUUUAGCUGCCUUUAGAUUUGGAAAAUCCCAAGUCUUCCACAAACCUAGGAAAGCAGUGGAUGGGAUGGCAGACCUAGAUGUACUAUCAAGAGCAUUUCAGGACAGAAUGUUUAUUUCCUGUAGUAGGCUUGUUGAGGGGUCAAGGAAAUGUGCUGCUGCUAAAAAUCACAUUUUAGGCCAUUUUAAAAUUAGUGAAAAUAGCCAUCCUGCUAGGUAUAUGCAGACCAGAAGCAAAUUUAGUUGGAGAAAUAAUGGUUUUUUCCAAAUUCUGGUAUAUUAAAAUCAAGGAGAAAAGGAAGUUUGUUUUUUUUUUUUUUCUCUGUCUCUCAGGCUCUACUAUGUUUUAGAUUUGUUUCUGUUUACAGAUUUAUUCAACACAUCCAUGUAGAUGUUUUUAUAUUACAUGAAUUCCUAUUGAACUGAACUUGUUUUUGUCCUCUGUUGUUGAAAGGUACCAAAACCUCUUUCUGUCUUGUUUGCUUUUGCUUUUUAAUUUGAUUUUGCUAUAUAUAGGGUUUGGCUUUUUUCGGAAAUGCAUUUUAUUUAACAUCUUUUCUGAAGUGUCAGGGCCCCCUUUGAUCUGCACAUUUAUUGUUUUUCGAUUUCAAUUUGUAUGUAUUUGUCUCUAAAGGCCUUGGUGAAAUCUCAGAUUUUAUAUUCAGCAUUAAAGAGGAAUAAAUUCCAGAAAACACAGAUUCUGAAAA